AUGGAUGCCUAUGCGACCACCAUUCUGGACACCCAGGACAGCGUACUACAGCAGAACAUCCAUCCCCAGGUCGGCUGUUCAAGCCUUCCUGUAAACGGGGUUGAAUUUUUCUUCUCGUUGAACAACAAUCUUUCCGCGAACCGGUGCGGGAUUUACCUGUUUGUUGACGAGGUACCCAGCUCAGAGGAUGAUGACCCCCUCCAAAGAGCUGAAUUGCUGAUCAUUUCCCUUGGUGAGGAGGACCCUUUUGGGCAAGCUGGUACAAGCUGCAUGCUCGCCGAGGUGUAUCCCCUUCACCGAGCUAUGAGUGUGGAGUACAGACCGGACACCGGUCUAGUUCGCCGGGGUCGACAUAUCCUCGCCGAACAGGCACAGGCCAUACCUUUACCUGCUCGUUCAGAUUGUAGGCGAGAUAGCAAAUAG